AUGGCGGUGCAGCUCAGCACGGGGCGGCCGGCGUCUGCCGAGGCCACCGGCGCGACGAGCGGGCCGCGCAACGGGUGCGGGCCGCGCGGCCCGCCGGUCGGCGACCUCAUCGCCGGCCGCGGCCCCAACGCCGCCGCGGCAGACGGGGCCGCCCCUGGGGCCCCUUCCGCGGCACCCCCGCUGGUGGCCGUGACCCUCAAGGGCGCCUUCAACCUGGGGGGCCACGCCACUGGCCCGAAUCCCGGCAUGGGUGCUUCGCGCCCGCGCCUCGCUACGUGCUGGCGCGGGGACGCCCUCGUGGGGGCUCGGGCAGCCUACGCGGCUGCUGAGCCGUUCGAGUCGGUGCGGCUCUGUCGAUCCUCGGUCUUUGUCAUGGCGGCCCAGCGAUCCCGCGACGCCGUCGGAGGCCCCCGGCUGCUGCGCGCCGCGAGCGACGGCAGCGUCGCCUCGCUGCCUCCCGCCGCCGGGGCCGAGCCGAGCGAGCCGCCUCCGACGUCGCCGUCGCCGCCCGGCGUCUCGGACUCCGAGGACUCGGCGGCGGAGGCGAGGCAGCUGAAGAUCAAGGCCGUCGUAGACGGCCACGAGAAGGUUGGGUGGAUCAAAGGCGUGGGUCAAAGCGAACGCCUGCACACGAAGUGGCUCAAGCAGUUCCUGGACGUGCGCGACCACAGCGAGUUUGAGCGGAUUAUUCAAGCGGACCCGGAACCAGCCGGCGAAGAAGGCAGCCAGUGGAGCGACCCCGCGAGCGUCCCGCUGCUGGCCUGGCAGGUGAGAGAACGCAUCCGGGACGACGAGUACUGCGUGCUCCUGAAGGCGAAUAUAAGGGUACAGCUCGGCAUCAGCGUCGAGGUCGAGGCCCCCGUGCUGAGGAUGGGACGGGUGAGGCGCCCGUGCGAGAGGAGAGCCCGCUCCGGCGAGCUGGCUCGAAGGCGUUCCAGAGUGCAUCACGGCUGA